CGCAACGCAGGUUUCACACUCGAGCACAAAAGAGCUGUGCCGUUCCACCAGCUCAGUAGUAAUCCUUCGUUCAUUUUAAUCCUAAACUCAACGCUCACUAGAUACUCUGUAUUGCCACACACACCAUCGACGACAGUCCCCUGUUCGCUCACAUCAGCCAUAAUCCAACCGCCCGGCAUCCUCCUGCCGUAAACGGACCCACACUUGUAUCUCAACAUCUAUCCGUCCCGGAUCCCGAACUAACUCGGCCGGUGAUGGCCCCAACACCGCUCCCCCGGACGGGGACACAAUAUACCGGGCGCUGGCUCCUCGCCGGCCGCGCCGCCCCGCACAUCGCGCGCAUGUCCGCGACUACUACCUCAGCGGUCCUCCUCUCGCGGCGCGACCUAACCGUCAACGACGCCCAAAAGGUCACGUUAGGCAUAAUUGCUGCCUACAUUGUGGCCAUCGCCAUCCUCUGGAACGUGCCCUACAUCCGAUGGGUCCUGUGGCCGUUCAAGAUGCUCGUCAUCGCCUUCCACGAGUUCGGCCACGCGUUUGCCUGUCUCUUGACCGGCGGCAGGGUGGAAAGCAUCUCGCUCGACCCCCGCGAGGGCGGUGUCACCCACAUGCGGGGCGGCAAGAGUGGGUUGACCUUGCCGGCCGGCUAUCUCGGAUCGAGCCUCAUCGGGGCGCUGCUCACGUUUGCUGGGUUCAACAUCAACGCGAGCAAGAUCGCGAGCAUCGCCGUCGGGGUGUGCUUUUUGUUGACGCUGUACUGGGGACGGAAGGACUGGCUGACCAUUAUCACCAUCCUCCUGGCGGUUGGUCUGCUUGUGGGGUGCUGGUUCAUUGCGCAUGCCGAGGCCCUAAGGUUCGUUGUGUUGUUUAUCGGGGUCAUGAGCUCGCUUUACAGCGUCUGGGAUAUCUGCGACGACCUUAUAUUGCGGAAGGUCAACAGCUCCGACUCCUAUGUCUUCGCCCAGCGGUACGGUGGUAGCUCGCAAUGCUGGGGCGUGAUCUGGUCCAUCAUCUCACUCGGAUUCAUGGCUUGCGGCAUCAUCGCCGGCAUAGCCGCGUUUCCUCAGUCCGCCGCUCAGCAGCGAAAUGAUAGUCAGAAUUUUAUCCCCACCAAGUUCUAGACAGUCCAUUCUGACAGCGUUGCAUUUCUGGCUUCACGGUGCUUUCUCUGGGUGUGGCAGCUUAAGGGUAUCUGGGGGUUCCACUGGA